CUGUCCCUCAAGACGAGUUGCAGUUAGGCAGGUAGGUUCGGUUGCAAAUGUAGAGAGAGAGAAAGUGAGAAAACGGAAAGACUAAAGAGAGAGAGAGAGACCAAGAUGGAGGUAGAGGAGGAGCAAAGAGAUUUAACAAUCCCUGACACCGCCGCCGUUAACGGCGGUUCCGUCGUCGCUGACGGCGUCGAUGUGGUGCUCGAAGACGCUGGCGAUGGAGGAGGAGGAACCGGUGAUGGCGGCAGUACUAGUAGCCGAGUCAAGGGACCUUGGUCGCCUGAAGAAGACGUGAUACUGAGUCAACUCGUGAGCAAGUUCGGGGCGAGGAAUUGGAGCCUGAUCGCCCGAGGAAUUCCUGGGCGGUCCGGCAAGUCCUGCCGCCUUAGGUGGUGUAAUCAGCUCGACCCCUGCGUGAAGCGAAAGCCCUUUACUGAAGAAGAGGAUCGUAUUAUAAUAGCAGCCCAUGCAACUCAUGGGAACAAAUGGGCAUCAAUUGCAAAGCUUCUGCCAGGUAGAACGGACAACGCAAUUAAGAACCAUUGGAAUUCUACGUUAAGGCGCAGGUGCGUGGAUUUCAGCAGGUUUAGACCGGCAUCUGAGAAAAUGUUGGAAGGCAGCCUAGACAGAACAAAGGCAUCCUCAGAAGAAACCCUUUCAUGUGGUGAUAUCAAUUCAUUCAAAUCCUCAGAGGAAAAAGAUGUGAGAAUGAUAGAAAAUGGACCCAACUUGUGUGAGGAAAAAGCUCAAACAAUUGAGAAUCAUUUUGUUGCUGGCAAAAACCUUCAUACUCUUCCUCGUCCAGUAGCACGUGUUGGUGCAUUCAAUGUUUAUAAUCCUCCUGGUUCCCCAACAAUUGGCUCUGAAUUUUCAAGGACAAUCCCAAUGCAGGGACCGUUAAUCCAAUCCUCCGGACCAGACUUUGGGAUAUUUGUUGAAGGUGAUUGUGGUGAGCCUUUGAUUCCUUCAAGAUGUGGCCAUGGUUGCUGUGCAGCUCGAAGUGGGGUCCCUUCUCAAAGCUCAUUGUUGGGCCCUGAGUUUGUUGAAUACGAGGAACCUCCCCCAUUCUCAAGUCAUGAGUUGGCCUCCAUAGCCACUGAUUUGAACAAUAUUGCCUGGAUCAGAAGUGGCCUUGAGAAUGCUAGCACCAGAGAAGUGGACAAUGCAUCUGGUGAAAGACCGUCUCAAGGCAUUGCAGAGAAAAUGGAUGUUGUCGAGCAGAGUAUGAUGAACAAUCAUUUUCGCUUUGAGGAGGGGCGGAACAGGUUGAUGGGCAUGAUGUCAGAUGUGAUGCCAACCCAGAUGUCAAUGCGAACUCUUGCAUUCCCAGCUGAGGUCGAAGGCUUAAGCUGAAACCCAUGGCUGGUUUUCUAUCUUUUGCAUGGUAUGGUGCGAAGCACAGUGUAAAAUCCUAUAUAUAUAGAUAUAAACACGUCGCAGUAGCUGUCUGCUUGCUGACGGAAGGCUGAGAAUUGCAUUUUGUUGUGAGGCUCCCUCAUUACUGGCGAGGCGAUCAUAGCAUUUUGUUUCAAAAAGAUACAAACCAUGUUACUAAAUAUGUAUCCAGACUUGGUCCAGAGAUUCUACAUCAGUUAUUACACAGAGUGUUUUUGUCAGUAUAGAACCUAAAAAGUUGGAUGCGGCUGGUGACCAUUGAUAUUUCAACUAUUUAGUAUUUCGAAAAUAUUAAGAUCGGUUCAAUUCUACAUUAUACACGAAGCCCCAAAUCAUGAUUUUGCUAUAAAUUGAACUGAUUGUAAGCUCUCUGUUAUGAUCUUCCAAUGUUGGCCAAACUGGGUUGUUUUGAUCCAUUUAUAAAUUUUUGCACAGGACGAGUUGGUUAUUCUGUAAUGUCAUUUUAUGAGAUACAAUAGCGGCGGCGUUCGGAUUCUCUGUUGUA